AUUCUUGCUUCUCUGAUGUUAUCUUCUCUUAGUGAGAGUAUUCUUAUCUUGACUGUUGGUUUGGGGUUAUCUAAAGAAAUGUGGUCAGCUCUUGAAAACAAUUUUGCAACUCAAUCUCAAGCCAAGAUAAUGCAGUACAAAAUCUUGUUGCAAACUCUGAAAAAGACUGGUAUUGCUAUGAAGGAUUAUCUCAACAAGAUGAAAAGCUAUUGUGAUGUUUUAACUUCUGUUGGGCAUGUUAUUCCAGAAAAUGAUCAAGUCCUUCAUGUUUUAAGUGGCUUACCAAGUGAGUAUGAUGUUGUUGUAGUUA